AUGGCACAAGGAUGGACGCCCCAGCAGAUGCAGCAGAUGCAGCAGAUGCAGCAAAUGCAGCAGAUGCAGCAAAUGCAGCAGAUGCAGCAGAUGCAGCAGCAGAUGCAGCAGAUGCAGCAAGGGCAGCCGAUGCAGCCGAUGAUGAUGCAGCCAAUGCAUACGACCGCUCACCCAGCACAGGCGAAUGGGAUGCAGCAGCCGCCUCAGAUGGCAUAUGGUAUGGGCGCAGGAUCGACUCAAGGUCGAUCAGCCCCACAGCCAGCGCAGGCAUUUGCGGCUGGCCAUGCCGGAAACUUGGCAAACAUGUCUCCGCCCCAAUUCGGCCUCAACCACAGCAGCAUCCACUGCUGGGGCUGCACCGUCAUCGAUGACAACUGUUUCACCGCCUCAUCCGUCAAGCGCGGCGACAACCCAGGUUACGGAUGGUCAUGA